GUUCCUCAAUCUGAAAACCCUGAGGUAGUGGAUAUGAAUCCAGAUGUGGUCCAGGAAAAUUCAGAUAAUCAAACAAAUCACUUGGCACUAGAAAUCGAGGAAGAUUCGAAUCGCCAAUUAGGAAAUGCUUCAGGUAAUCAACCAAGCUCUGAGACACAGGAUGUGAACCCAACUGAGGCCAAGGAAGAUGCUGGUAACCAACUAAACAGCAAGCUGUACUAUCGAGCAACAAAAGGUGAUUUCCAUGCUUUUGAGGAAUUCGACAAAGGCCGUCUCAAGCAACUGGUGACGCGAGUCGAUAAGAACACAAUCUUGCAUAUUUGCAUAACAGCUGCCACACCUUAUUACCGAAAGAAAGCAUCCAGAAUUAAAUCAGUUGACUUUGUGAACAAGGCUCUUGCAAAGUGCAAAGAACUGUUAUGGCAGCCCAAUAAAAAGGGUGAAACAAUACUUCACAUUGCAGCCAGGCACGGGCAUCACGACAUCGUGCAAGUCCUUCUAACUGAAGAUAGAGGAGCUCGACCACAGCGCCUGUUGGAAAUGAAAAAUGAAGUGGGAGACACGGCCUUACAUGAGGCUGUGCGCUAUACUCACCUCCCGGUGGUGAAGAUAUUGAUCAAUGAAGACCUUAAGUGCCAAUAUGGUCAAAAUAAUGAUGAUGAGACUCCACUAUACAUAGCUGCAGAAAUGGGAGAUCACAAGGUUGUAGAGGAGAUAUUAAAAUGUGAAUCACCAGCUUGCGAUGGCCCGCAUGGAAGAACUGCUCUCCAUGCUGCAGUUCUCUGCAAAAAUGAUGAGAUCGUGAAGAAAUUGUGUAGUGAGUUAAAAGAACCGCUCACCGGAAGAGCAGAUGACUCAGGGUGGACUCCGCUUCACUAUGCUUCGGAACAAGGUUUCGCUUCAAUUGUUAAAUUGUUGCUAGAAAAGGAUAAAAAUGCAGCUUACAUGGCUGACAAAGAAGAAGAGAAGACAGCUCUUCAUGUUGCAGCUAGUAAAGGGAAAGCAAAAGUGAUAGAGGAAUUCAGGUCAACUUGCCCAGAUUGCUUCGAGCAAGUUGACAAGAAGGGACAAAAUGUCCUUCACUUUGCUGUAAAGGCUGAUAGAAAUAGAAGUGAAAUUCUUCGAAUAAUCUUAGAUAAUGAAUGCUUCAGCAACCUUAUAAACGCAAAGGAUAACUCUGGUGAUACGCCUCUCCAUCAUUUGGUGAAUGCUAAUAAUCCCUUGGCACUGGAUCUUGUUUAUCACCCAAAAUUGAAUGCACGAGUAUUCAACAAAAAACACAUGUCUCCUCUAGAAGUUAUCUCUGAUACAACGCCUGAAGACCCACUUAGGAAGAUUUUUGCUUUAUUUGCUCUGAGAUUUGUUGGCGGAACAACCAGUCGACAAAUCAGACACGAAGAUAAAGUCAAGGAAGGAGGGGGCAUUGCUGAUCAAAAAGGAAAAAAGGAAGGAGGGGGAAUUGAAGAUCAGGAUGCAAUGGUGAAGGAUGAAUCAGACCAGAAAAAAAAGGACGUACACGAGAAGGCCAGAAACGGAAUGGAGCCUGUUUUCAGGUAUCUGAAAGAUAUCAAUUUAGUGAUAGCAAUUCUCAUAUCAACUGUUACCUUUGCAGCUGGUUUCACCUUACCUGGUGGCUAUACAAGUGACAAUAGUCCCAAUCAAGCAGGCUAUCCAGUUCUUAUUAGAAAGCUAGCUUUCAAAGUGUUUGUUUUUUCAAACACGAUUGCCUUUCUACUCGCCAGUUCUGCUGUAUUCCUUCACCUGACUCGGUUACUGUAUACGAAGGCGACAAUCCUUGCUUCACAGAUGUCCUUUAUGUGCAAUUCUUAUGCCAUGGUUGCAAUGGUGCUUGCAUUUGUUUCGGGGACGUCUGCAGUUUUAAUGCCAUAUCCGUCCCUUGUUGCUGCUAUUUGUGUCCUUUCUGCAGUUCUCUUCGCCUUCACAUCUAUCUAUGAAGGUCUUCGAAUGUUUUAUUUCAUUGUUCGGAUUAUGAAGAAAGCAUAUGAACGCCGUAAACUUCUGUCAGAAAAUGUUGGGAGCAAGUACGGAAUUGGUCUUGUUUAAACAGCGCGUGCUAAUCAAGAGGGAAUUUCUUUUCUACUUGCAACAUUUCUAUCCUCUGUGUUGCUUCCUAGAAGAGUCGAGAGACCAGCUGAUUAUGAAAGUGUGUUUUUCUUUUUUUUCUUUGCUGUUGCUUUGUGCAAUUUAUUUUAGGUAAUCUACUUUCUUUUUUCUUUUUUAAUAAAAUGGAAAUCUACUU